AUGCAUUUCAACUUCAAGCCGUUGAGCUCCUUAAGUCUUUCUUUCUUCCUCAUUUCGCUUUAUUUACAGCCUGCUUUUUCACAUUAUGUGAGCAGCUUCACUAUGAACGAUAUGAACAGAGUUGCGUGUGUGGCAAUUGACAGGGAAACUGAUAUAAUAUUAACAUUUUCAAAUAAUCGAAUUAGAUUAUCUCCUGAAGCCUAUCUAUUGGAGAAUACUGUGCCUUUUGUUCUUUUCAAUUACAAGGACUUAAGCGCGUUCUCCAAUAUUCCUUCUUUGACGGACUUUGCAGAAAAUAACCAUAAGUUACUUUCACCAUCCCUGACACCCUCUGAUAGCCCAGUAACAAAGACGAGGUAUGAUUUGGUUGUCGAUCUAAAAGAUGGUAACUCCGAAGUCAAUUUUUUUAAGCAAAAAGUAGAUCUUUCUGAAGGGCCUAAAAAAGUGCAUUUUCCAAUACCAUCUCGAGGUGUUUACUGUAUUUAUAUCCCACGCCAUCACAAUUAUCCUACUAAUAAUUUCGCUUUGAACGUCGAUAUUUUAGGAGGAUAUCAUUUAAUCGAUCGUUCAUCCAAACAUCUUGCGGUCUACACUUUUGUUCUUGGAUUAAUCUUACUGUUCAUAUUGUGGCAAGAACAAUCAAGUGCAAGUGUUAGGAGAGAAAAGGUGCCCAGGGGAAGCCUUUUUUCAAGGGGGUACAUUCGACUCGAAAACUGCUUGCCUUCUAGCCCAAUCAAGAGAGCCAUCCUGUUAUUCUUUCUCGCUGAGUUUUUCUUUCUAUUAUUUGGUAUGAUUUUUCUCAACGUCAUCAACUUUGGUAUUAACCAUAUAAGCGUUUGCAAUUCUUAUUUGCUUGGCUUAUUUGACAUUUGUUACGGGGCAAUUUUAGCAUCAUUGCUGUCUUUACAAGACUAUAUUUGCGUCCUUGUUAUAGUUGGCUAUGGUACAAUAUUCUCCUACAAGUUGACCAGAACUUCAUCCGAUUUUCAAAAAGUCAAACAUCUCAUAUUAAAAAUUACAAUCCCACUGGCAUAUCAUUUUUUUAUAAAGGUGAUCCACUCAGUUUAUUUUAAAGAACGAGCCGAUAUAGAUGGGCAAUCCUAUCGUAUCUACCUGGAUAAUAUUAUCUUAUUGGACGUCGUACCUGAAGUAUUCGAUACCUUUAUUUCGCCAACAACGAUAUUAGUUUUACUGUCAAUUCAUCUAAUAGUUGAAAUAUGCAUUGUAAUUGGUUAUAUCCAUUAUUCUUUAUCCACUUUGAAAACACUUAGAAAGGAAUAUAAAGAAAACAAGACUGGGGACUCUUCCUACGGUUUUCGUUAUAUGUGUUUUGCCGUCACAUUACUAUAUUACUAUGUUAUAAGCAUUGUUUUCAACAUUAUCAUAGGAAAGCUAGGUAGCAUUUUUUCGAAGACAUCUGAGUACAGUUUUGAGGAAGUGAUGAGGGAUCUUUCUUCUCCGAGAAGUGCAUGGUCUUUUCUAUGGACACUUUUUAACUUUCAUGAAUCUAUGGUCGCUCUAUAUUUAAUUUGGUCUGGAGAAAAAGAUGACACGUUAAUUUCAAAUCGACUGAGCUGGAUAGCUAGACAAUCCAUAGAUUUGAAAUAA